AUGAUAAAACCUUCUCAACAUAUUGUUCAGGCUACUGUCUUUGAAGGCAGAAACUUUACCCGUCAACCAGGCUCCAAAGUGUAUGUACAGUGCAGAUUCAACAACGAGAUUCUCACUACUGACCCAGCUGACCAUCUCGCAACCCCCAUAUGGGAUACUGAAUUGGCAUGGGAUGUCGAUACUAAGCUUUUGGGAUUUUUACGUUCGCAGAGAGUAUCUCUCAAACUUAUCUGUUACUCCAUUGACAUCAAGACCAACAAGCGCGAAAGUCUAGGUUAUAUCAUGCUCGAUUUAAGAGCUGCCAUUCAAGGUCCACCGCCAUUUCCAGAAAAAUGGUUUACGCUAGUAAAUAUCAAAUCUCAUCCUGGUGGUCACAAUGCUCCUGCUUCAGUAUUUCGACCAGAACUAAAGAUUUCAUUCACUGUCCAACCAAAGCAUCACGACUCAAUUCCUUCUGUCCAGUCUACGCUGGAGCUCGAGGGUCGUCGCAAAAAGUCUGCAUCCAAUGACCAGAUUGCUCAGAGAUCAUCAACAGAACUACCAUCCACUGUAUCAACUGCUGCUGCAACUAGAACGCAAUCCAAACUUGGACUGUCUAGUCGAAAAAACUAUGCAACAAUCGGACCUGUUUCCAAUUCUAGUCUAGGCACUAUACCACAAAGUAAUCCAAACCACGCUGUUGCAACGUCAAUACCUUUUGAACUCAAAAGUGCUGGCUUCUAUCAACUUGGAACCGGUGACCAAUUAUUCUGUCUUUGGAUUACGAUCGCAUUUGGUGAACAUUUAGAGUUGCUGCUUGAUGAUGCCCAAAUUUCCCGUCAAACCAACAACACCGGAUAUUACUUUUACUACUCAUUUAUGGGAAACGAUAUUAUGACUCAACGAUUCUACCAACUCGAUAAACCAAACUUUCCUGCCGAGCGGGUUUCUGUCAAACUUCGUGCAUCUCAAUCUGACAUUCAGACUUUCUUUCGGGAAAUCUCCAAAAUCAUCAUUUAUUUAUGUCACGAGGAUCGUGCUAUUGGCUUUGCUGACAUUCCUAUUUGUAAUCUUUUGGACAACAAUGGGGGUGAAAUGGCAGUGAUCGAGCAAGCAUUUCCAUUGUAUAAUACAAGAGAAGAACUACCUCUUUCUGCUGACGCCAAGUCAUCUAGCAUUGGUGUAUCAAUGGCCUUGUCCCGCGAUACUGCAGAGCAGAGUCAUGGGCAAGCUCACACUCAAGAACAGGAAGAAUUUGAGCCAGAUCAAGAUUCUAUGGCACACCAGCAUGCUCGUGAUCAAGCGCCUAUUCCACACACCCGAUUCAGUCAUCCAGGAACUCCUGUAAAUAACAUUGCUACGUUUGAAAAUUUAUCCUUCAGGCCGGCUUUAGAUUAUGAGAAUAAAACUACAAAUGCCACGACUCCGAUAGACAGUACUCUUGCAACAUUGACUCGAGAUGGGAAUCCGAAUCUACAAAAUGCAUUUUCCACAUAUUCGUCAUUUCUUCAAUCAGCAAAACCCAUUUCUGUCACUACCAGCAAAACUACGUUAAAUAGAGCAAUAUCGCCUCAGAUGCAACCUACAAAAGAUAUGACAGACCCAUUACAAGGAUGGCACCAAUAUCGCUUUUCCAUCGAAUUGCGAUCACUUCGAGACAUCCAGCUCAAAUCUGCCAACGUAUAUUUAAAGUAUACGUAUGCACCUUUUGGUACAUCGUCGCCUAUUUUGACCCAUCCUAUAGUACAUAUUCAACGCACACCAAAUGAGCAUUUGCUUCCACAUUCGUUUUGUGCAUUCGAGUUUGUCAUGAGUCUGGAAAAACUAUCUACAUAUCUUGAAGCAGUUCCAUUGAUAGUUGAGCUGUGGCAAAAGGAUGAAAAUGUUCGUGAUGUGAAUUUGGGCAGCGCUUUAGUCAACCUUUCACUAGUACUCUCCCAAACCAAAAUUCCAAGUAGCAACAUUCCUGUAACAAAAAGUGAAUCGUAUACUGCUGAACAGGAUACACAACAGCUAGUCAUUCAGAGUUUGGACACAUUUGUACCACUCAUGUCAACUGGAGACUCGACUUCUUUGUAUGGCCGGUUGGCAGAUUUGCGUGUUGUUUUGGCAUUGGAAGAUUUUGGCGUUGUAAAAGAAACUAGUGAUGCCGAUUCGAUUCUACCACAAAUAAAUCACCAAAACGUUGCUCAAGAUCUGCCCUCUUGGAAAGAUGUGCAGACCUCGGCUGCUUACACUACUGGACAGCGUACUGACGUUUCACAUGAUCAUCCGCUUGAACCCAGCUCAUACAAAAGUACGCUGCAGCAUCAACACAAACACGGUGGUAUGUUAGGCAUUCCCAGCCAGCCCAAUCCUUCCACACCAACCCCUUCGUCUAUUCAUGAUACACCCGAGUAUCAAACCGCCAUUGAGCUAGAGCUUUGGCGUCAACAAGAACAACAAAAGUUUACACAGUAUCUUGCUGAAAAAGAGAUUGAACUGACUCAACGUCUUGCUGGCGAAUGGAAACUUCGCGAUCGUGAACGCGAAGCACUUCUUAAACGGAAACUAAACGACUACAAGCAGUUGGAGACGGCUUUACAGCAGCUAUCAAGUGACUUGGAACGUCGAGAGAGUGUGUUGGUAGAAGGAGAAAGGGAAUUAAUAAAACAGAGGGAACGUCAGGAUCUUGAGGUACUUAGAGCUUUGGACGAGGCACGAGAUGCAACAAGGAGGCUACAGGAAGAAUUUCGGUAUCGGACUGAAUUGGAAAAGCAAAAGUGUGCCGAGGCAGAUGCCAUGCGUAACCGAGCAAUAAGAGAUCGUGAUGAAAUGGAGGCCAAAUGGAAAACAAUAGAUAACGAGUUGAGUGAAUUAAAACGGUCGUUGGGAUCAUCUGGUGAGGCAAAGGCUAAGAUUGAGCUGGGAAAUGCUAUGCAGGAUAAAAUGAUGUUGGGAAAGCAAAUUGAGGCACUUAAAAAGAACAAGGCGCAUUACAAGUGCGAGUUAAAACGAGUGUACAAGUUGCUAACCAAGGAAAGGGAAAAGGCACGGUUAGAAUUGGAACAACGGAUGAUCAAGGACCGUCAAGAUAUUGAAGAUAUGCGGAUGCAAGCAAUUGCCAAGGAGCAGUUGAGUCUAGCUCAUACUGAGCGAGAAACUUUAGAGCAUACCCGGCGUGAUUUAGAAGCACUUGGACGAGCCGUUUACGCUUCACAGUCUAGUAAUGAUGAGCAACAAAAAGAUGUACAGUUUCAAUCGUCUACGAAUAAUCACCAAGGCACGUUGAGCGAAGCUCAGUUACCGCCCAAAGUUUCUUCUCAAAUUAGCCGCCUAAAAAAGGAAAAAACCUCGCUUUUAUCAACAGGAUUCUACAAGGAUGACGAUGACCUUAUUCGGGAGUUUGACCACCGUAUAGCUAAUCUGAUGAAAUCUGCCAUGUAACCUGAGCCACGCAUUUGGCAUGUGUUAUAAUGAAGUUAAGCCUAGUCUAUA